AUGCCCAAAAGAAGAACUUCCAAGAGGGCGUGCUAUGAGUGUGGCGAUGUUAGCCAUUUCAUAGCUGAUUGUCCUAACAAGAAGAAGGGCAAAGACAAAGAUGAAAAGAAGAGCAAGCCAUUCAAGAAAGACAAGGACAAGGCAUACAGGAAGAAGUAUUUCGAUCACGCUCAUAUUGGCGAGGAGUGGGAUUCAAACUCUGACUUCAACUCCGAUGAUGAAGGAGUCAUCACCAUCGCCAUUCGCGCCCCUACACCAACAAAAUCACUAUUUGACGAAAUGAGCGAUGACGACACCCCCACAUGCUUCAUGGCAAAAGGGCGAAAGUAUGAUGAAGCCCAAACAGCUGCUGAGGGUCCCUCUCAUGCUCAAGAUGAUGAGGAGACCGACGACGACGAGGAGAUAGAAGAAGCUGAAUCAAGAUCUUCGGAAAAUGGCAAUGAAGAUGGAUCCGAUGAUGGUGGCGAUGAUGACUUUGAAGAGGACAAUGGCUAA